AUGGAUUUCACGGACAGUUUUCAGCAUUCUAUCGCUGGAAAGGCAUUUCUUACAUUUGAUGAGUUUCAAAAAGAACUGGAAGCCUUUACCGAGGUAAGUACCUGUAUUAUUAAUACAUUUUGGCAGGAAAGUGGCAGUCAAUUUAUUUUGAAGAAGCGACUUAGACACAACCUGGGGCAUUCCAUGAGAGAUGUUCAUCAAUAUCGUUACGCACAUUUUGUUUGUGCCUAUGCCUUCUCAACUGACUGCGAAGCUUUCUUUACCAUUGCCUCAAAAAGCUCGUGUCUACGCGUCGUUCAGUUCUUCAUGGCUCAUAACCAUGCGGUCAUAUAUAACCCUGCUUUCCGACAGCGCGACCCCAAUGACGAGGAUGGAUAUGAAGUUCGUUGUGAUCUCUCCAAGGAAUUCGAGAGUUCAUUUCCUGCGAAGCAUUUCGGAACUUAUGAAGAAUUCGAAGAACAAUUAAAAAAAUUUCAAGCAAAAACUCAAAGUAUUUACAUUAAACGCAACGCAUGUCGGUGGCCUGCCGACGCGCCAGAAAAACAACACUUGGUUUACCGAAGACUUAAAAUUGAAUGUGUACACUAUGGGCAGAGAAAAAGAAACAAACCCAAUAAACCUAAUAUAAAGUUCCCGACCUUCGACGAUUUCGCUAGUCGACUUGAGGAAUUCCAGAGGGAGACUGGAUGCUUUUACAGCCGGCGAUCCACAGUUGUAUGGCCUUCUGAUGCCUAUGGCAAGGAACAUCUGAAGUACAAGUUUGUAAUAUACGACUGUGUGCACUAUGGAAGCACACGAAGUACGAAAAGGUGUCGAAGAACUAAAAGAAACAAUGGCUUCUGUUUUAAAAACAAAGUGGGUUGUAGGUCCUCAAUGAGAAUUUCGUCUGCCAAAGGUUAUGUAGAGAUUCUGUCAUAUGAGAUGCGUCACAAUCAUCCGCCUUCAUUAGAAGCUUCAGGAGAGUACCAACCACAUAGUUGGCUCCUGUCUGGCAUCAGUAUCAAUGAGGAGGAGGGUCUGGUUGUGAAAAGGCGCCGGAGGGCGAAGAAUCGAUACAACGAGAGACAACCCAAGGCGGAAACUUCACACGUCUUGUCAGACCCUAAUGUCGAAUUGAUUAGACCGCAGUUGGAAAAACUGCGGGAAUUGGCAUUGUCCGCGAGCACGGACAGAUUCCACGCUUUCGUGGCUCAACUGUCCGACUUUGAAUCUGAGUGGAAAGCACGACUUAAUUUUCGCAGUCGACAAGGCCAGUAUUUUAACUGCACCGACGUUCCUGCUGUUGAGGAGACAUAG